GCUUUUCGAAGUGCCUGUGCAUCAUGACCAGGAACGGAAUGGCUGAUGUCUGUUAGUGGCGAGAGCCCCAAGGAGCUGGAGGACGACCUCAUUUACAGCUUCAAGGUGAAUGCUGUGGGACCUGUUCAUCUUUUCAACCUCUAUCUGCCGCUGAUCUUGAAGGGAGAUGCCAAGAAGGUCAUUGCAAUUACUUCGGGCAUGGCUGAUCUGGACUUGAUCAACGACUAUCGGAUUGAUGUGUCUGGUCCUUACUCCAUCAGCAAAGGUGCUUUAAACGUGGCGGUUUCCAAGUUCCACGCGCAGUAUGCUGAGCAGGGUGUUUUGUUUAUGGGAAUAUGCCCUGGCACAGUCGAGACAGGUCAUUUUGACGACUGUAAGUCAUGGUAUCAAUACGUUUCAGCAAGUACUAACGGUCGGUUAGUGAGCGAAGAGGCACAGGAUGGCGCCAAGAAAAUGGCAGAAAAGCUCAACAAGUACGCACCCGGCACGCAACCCAAGACUCCGGAUGCAGCCGUCGUGAAGAUCUUGGAAGUGGUGUACGGAUCGAGCCUUGAGAAUGGGCGUGGUGGAGCCUAUAUUUCUCACCUGGGUACCAAGAGAUGGCUCUGAAGGACUGUAAAGCUC